CAGCACGACAAGACAUAUCUUUUUGUGUGUCAUGAGUGAGUCUGCACACCCACCCCAUACGCACCCACUCGUUGACAUGAUCGAACCACACACAGUGUAUGUGUGUGCGUGUGUGUGUGUGUGUGUGAGUGGAAGCGUAUCUGUUUGUGUGUGCGUGACGGACGACUCAGAAUCCCUUCUCCCCUUUGAUGCUGAAAUGUUCUGGAAACUUGUUCCUCCGCCUCUUCUCCACUGCCAUCCUGUCGGCAGAAGCCCUCGCGUCCUCCAACCUGAUCGCAUCACACGCAGCACACCACACACGUGUCUCGUGCCACUUGUUGGCCUUGUGCUGUGUGUCUGCUUACUGCCACUUCUUGGGAUUGAUCAGCCGGUCUCUGGCCUGCUCGCGAAGCCAUAUCUGCAGCCAUCCAUCCAUCCAGCCAUCCAUCCAGAUAAUCCCGGCCAUGAGUGACAGUAGCCAAGAGUGACCUCUCUAGGAUUGGGCAGCACCACCCCAUAGCGUCCCUUGGUGGUCGUUCGCAGGAGUGCCGCCUCAAUCUCUCCUGCCUCAUCACCUUCCUGUUCUUCUUCUGCUGCAUCCUCCCCCUCCUCGGCUGACGCAGCCACUUCAUCCGCCUGUGUGGGCGAUGCCUCAGCGGCCUCAGGCUUGUGACGACGAAUCGUCGAAGCGCCCAUCACCCUGGCCACACAGAGACACGAGGUUGAGAGGGCGUCUUUGCUGUGUCAUUUCUCUCUGCCUGCCUACGCGGCUUUGGCUGCCAGUGCGGCCAGCCCUCUCUCCGUCUUGGCCUCGCGGCAUAUGUCCACGAGCUCGGUCAUCCGGAUGCCGCCCUCUGAAGAUGUGGGCACCGGCAAGACAUGGAGUGCUGUCGACAGGAGCUUGGGCGGCAGGGGGGCGGGGAGUGAUUGUGUCUGUCUCUGCAGGUGCCUCUUGGUCUGGCCAUUGGUGUCCUCCUCUGCUGGUGGGGGCUUUCUCUUGUAAGCCGUCCUCUCCCUUUCAAGCACCUUCCGUCGCUUCUCGAGCAGAAUCGUGGCUGAAGUCGUUGAUGAUACAAACAGACACAUGAGAAAUGAUGAGCCCAUACAGAUGCUUGUAUGCCGCAUUUGAUUCAUGUGGCUGGCUGACCGAAGUCAGGUGCGUCUUUCCUCUGUGUGGGCGGCAGCAGGUGUGCGGGGAGUGCAAGGGUGGACGGUGCGUCAGGUCUCGUCGACACCGGCGGCCGAGGGCAACUCGCAUAUCCCACAAACUUCUCUGCAGGGAAAAACGGUAUCCAUAUGCACACCAAUCGCUAGCGAAGAGGACACAAAAAAUGGCGUUCAUGUGUGUGCGCACGGAUGUACCUGGGAGCACGACAUUGAAGAGGAAUGAGUUGGCCGUCUCCUUUGCCUGGUGUUCGGCCUCUUCCUCGGGCGUGUAGAGCUGCGUGUAUGCAACGAACAUGACGCGACCAAUCCAUACGCAGGCACGUGAGUGCAGGUGUGCUUACGAUGCCAAAGUGCCGUCGCAUCUUCGUGUCGAUGAAGCCUUCACGCACGCACACACACACACACACACACACACAUACACCACACACACACACACACACACACACACACACAGAGAGAGAGAGAGAGAGAGAGAGGAGCGAGUGUGCCAUACUGGAUGCAUGUCUAAGCGCCUGCUGACCUGACACGUCCGGAACGAAGCACGGCACUCGCCGCCCCCUGCGAGAAAGAAUGAAGACACCGACACGCGAGAGUAGGAAGGAGGGGGCCGCUUUCAGAGCCUUGUCAGCGUGAGUGUCCUUCCUGACCUUGGGUCGCAUGUGAUGCUCUUGCCCGUGCGCUGGUCUAUCUUGUAGAAGCCACCCGUGAGGGCGUUCUCGCGAACUGACAACGCUGUCGCCAUAACGAGGACAACUGCAAGAUAGCUGAGUCACGUGGGUGGAUGUGGGUCUUGUUUCGUGGCGGCUGCUGCUGGAAAAACCCUUGGUUUCGUC